AUGAUUGAGUCGCAGAGCCCUAACCUCCAGAGCAGGAAAUGUGUUUUGCUUUCGCUUGUUGGGUUGCUUGUUGUGAUUAUUAUCACCAUCGGUGCUGUCUGUGGAAGUGGUGUGUGCAAUGGAGGCAGCAAUGAGCCAUUGGUGCCUACAAUGGCUCCAACCUCACAGAAGUAUUUUGAAUAUCAAAUGGUAAUUUUGGAUUUCUUUGGAGAGGACUAUUUUGAUGGAAUGGAUGCUGAAUCUUCCCAGUACCUGGCCUUGGAUUGGAUCAAAAAUGAUCCAAUAUCACAAGAGGAUGAUCAUUUCAUUCAAAGAUUUGUUUUGGCAGUCUUUUACUUCCACACAUCGCAGCAAUCGCGGUGGCAUCGAUGUGCCCAAAAAGAUGGAACCUGCCACACAAUGGAUGGAGAUUUCAUUGGUGUUGGUUGGAUGGAAGCGAGCAAUGAAUGCAUUUGGGGUGGAAUAGAAUGUGAUGAUAUAAGUGGUCUUGUGACGGAGCUGAGAAUGAUUCACAAUGACUUGAAUGGAGAGCUGCCAACAGAGCUGGCUGUUCUCUCCAAGUUGACCAGUCUCAAUUUGAUGGACAACAAGCUCACAGGGCCCUUACCAUCAGAACUCUUCACUCUUGCUUCAUUGGAGGAACUGAACUUGAGUGGCAAUUCUUUGUCAGGAGAGAUUCGGACUGAAAUUGGACUCCUUACAAGUCUGUCCCAGAUGGAUCUGUCAAGCAAUCAGUUCUUAGGAAGAUUGCCUGAAGAAUUGUCAGCCUUGACAGGGUUGUACCAGUUUGACAUCCAUGGAAAUGCCCUAUAUGGCCGGAUUCCUCAAGCCAUAUGUGACAGUGCCAACAGCCACAAUCAGACUGAAGAAAUAAUAGUCAAGGCAGACUGUUUCGAAGAAGCACAAAGUCGUGAUCAAGUGGACUGCCCAAAAAGCGGCUGCACAGAAUGCUGCUUUCAAGGGGAGUGCAUCCCUGGUGAAUGA